GCAGUGCAGCCUCGUGUAGUAAACAACCCCGCACCAUUUAUAAGCACCCGAAUCCGUCCAAGUUGCCGUCGCCCACGCGACCUACGUAGACUAAGGCGAUUACUUUGUCUCAAGUCCGUACACUUCUGUUGACCGGAAGUAUCAGCUACAGCACUCACCUGUUGACACAAACUAUGAUAAGGGCCGUCUUCUCGUGCUCAGUUCUGUUUUUUGCGUCCCUUCCCGGUCUCGACGCUCAGAACCCUACCGCUGCGCCGUCGGCUCUACCGAUCGGUUCUCCUACAUCGCUUCCAUCGAUCGGAACAGUAACCGAUGCGCCUGUAGUUUUUGCGGAGACCGAUAUACCUUCCCAGGAAUCGGAGAACGUAACCGAUGAGACGCCUUCCGCAGCACCAAGUGAUCCUCUAGACAUAGAGAUUCCUGCAUGUUUCACCAAUCUGACCAUCCUGGAUGAUGUUUUGCUACAGUUACCUUUGUUCGAGUUCAAAAAGCUGACUCUGUGUCCCAACACAAUCUUCGAUAUUGGAAAAACGUCGGACGGCGUCUGCUGCAUUGAAGGCCAAUUUCCUUUGCUGCCUGUUUCGAAUACUUUAAUUCAAUGUGGCGAGGACGGAAGAUCGGAAAACAACUGCAUUUUUUCAGGAGGCGAGGUUCAUGUUCUGUCGUCACCGCAGUUCGCAGGACCGACUGCUCUCAAUGUUACCAUAAAGGGAAUGACUUUUCGAAACCCUCUACUCAGUAAUGCCGUUCUGGCUUCUCGGGGUGACAUCACGUUCGACGAUUGCAUUUUUGAGAAUACUGCAUCGUUGGGAGGAUCGGUAGUUGCGCUUUAUCAGCCGAUCGAUGACGAAGAAGCUCGCCGAUUAGAAGAAGAAGAGCGUGGAGGAAUUUUCCGAUACAUGGAUCCUGAAUUUCUGUCUAGGCGAAUCCAAAAAACGCAAGCAAACAUCAAGGAGAAUUUUGCUAAAGUGAAAGCAGAAAACGAAUUACGGAAACUCCAAGGAACUAACUCGUCUAUCGGUGUCCUAGAAAGACAAUUUGUGACCGUAGAAAACUGCGUCUUCAGAGACAAUUCACAAGGACCAAUCUCUUCUGGAUUCUUUCAAAGUACUGUUCUGAGUGCUUCCACUCCUUUCAUCGAGAUGACAAUUAGAAACACCUUGUUCUACAAUAAUAUUUUCGAUGGCUCGAAACCUAUGGCUGCCUCCGGUGCAGUAGUUAAGACGGCCUCCUCGGCUCUUCGACUCGAAAAUAAUUGCUUCAUCGCGAACUCAUUUGUGGGCUUCGCACCUGUUCAAGCGUUCGAAAAUACUACUUUUGACGCAUUUGACAACUUUGGCUCGUUCGAUCCCGGCGUAUCUUGCGAAUUUAUCGCAUUUUCCGAAGGAAUUCCUGUGUCCGAUUCUCAAGUGGUAUGUACAGGAUAUGAUUUGGACAGCUGUCUUCUCCCGGACGCACCAACAUUGCCUCCAGGCGCUGACAGCAUUACACCAACACCAGCGCCAACUCGAGCAGCAGCUGCAGGGACGCCAUUCUCAGUACAUUAUUCGUUAAAGAUGCUGGUGGUGCUACUGCCAGUUUUUUGGCUCAUAUAGCCGACAUUGAGUCUACGUACCACUGUUGAAAUAUCAGUGGGCAACAAAGCUUUGGAACUUUUUGAGCACUGUGACGUUAAGGAAUGUUGUUUUUGGUUGUGUUAGUGAUGUUAAUUGUAAGUAGUUUUCAGAGUAACU